GCCGCCGGCGCCGGCACCGCCGCGCAGCGAUCGGGCCGCGGCGGCUCAGAGCGCGGCUGCGGCGGGCGCGGGCGGCGGCGGCUCCCUCCCUCCCGUCCGUCCUGGGAUCUUCGCCUGCGCGCCUACCUGCGAGGGGACAGCACGCGCUCUGGCCCGCAGCGGGGGCGGGGACGCCAGGCCCGCGGCCCCGCCAACCCCAAGAUGAGGAAGCUGAGGCUCAGAAAAGGAAAGUGAUAAACUACCUACACAAAACUAGGUGAUCGCGGUGCACUAAACAGGUGGUCGGCCCCAGGCCCAUGCCGUGAGGCCGAGAGGCACUCGCUGCCAGCAUGCCGUGGGACGCGCGGCGGCCCGGGAGCGGCGCGGACGGCGGGCCCGAGGGCGCGGGCGCAGCGCGCUCGCGGGCGCAGAAGCAGUGCCGCAAGUCGUCGUUCGCCUUCUACCAGGCAGUGCGCGACCUGCUGCCGGUGUGGCUGCUGGAGGACAUGCGCGCCAGCGAGGCCUUCCACUGGGACGAGCGCGGGCGCGCCGCCGCCUACUCGCCGUCCGAGGCGCUGCUCUAUGCGCUCGUGCACGACCACCAGGCGUACGCGCACUACCUGCUGGCCACGUUCCCGCGGCGCGCGCUGGCUCCGCCCAGCGCCGGCUUCCGCUGCUGCGCCGCGCCCGGGCCGCACGUGGCGCUGGCCGUGCGCUACAACCGCGUGGGCAUCCUGCGCCGCAUCCUGCGCACCGUGCGCGACUUCCCGGCUGAGGAGCGCACGCGCUUGCUCGACCGGCGCGGCUGCAGCCGCGUGGAGGGAGGCGGCACGUCGCUUCAUGUGGCCUGCGAGCUGGCACGCCCCGAGUGCCUCUUCCUGCUGCUCGGUCACGGCGCUUCGCCCAGCCUGCGCGACGGCGGUGGCCUCACGCCACUGGAGCUGCUGCUGCGCCAGCUGGGCCGCGACGCCGGGGCCACCCCUGCCGCCGGGGCACCUGCGCCCGGGGAGCCUCGCCAGCGCCGCCUGCUGCUGCUCGACCUGCUGGCGCUGUACACGCCUGCCGAUGCCGCCGGCCCGGCCCGCCGCGAACUGCUGGGCGACCGGCCGCGCUGGCAGCGGCUCCUGGGCGAGGACAAGUUCCAGUGGCUGGCGGGCCUGGCGCCGCCGUCGCUCUUCGCUCGCGCCAUGCAGGUGCUGGUCACCGCCAUCUCCCCCGGCCGCUUCCCCGAGGCCCUGGACGAGCUGCCGCUGCCACCCUUCCUGCAGCCACUGGACCUCACGGGCAAGGGCUAGACCACGGGGCCACCCUGGGCACUGGAUUUUUGGAGAAUACUAUUUUUCAGAGCAUUGUACCCGGCACUUUACAUAUAUGGUUCUCUGUA